AUGGAGCCAAAACCGUUCAGCCAAUCACGCAGAGACAUUGAGCUGUUGGAAUGGGACGAAAUUGUGUUGGACCAAUCAAAUGGACAAAUCAAAUGGAACUACACAGCAGCUUCCAGAACCGACCAAUCAAACGGAGCCAUUCAGAUGCUGAAUCAAGGAGUUUCUGGCCAAUCAGGCCGUGACACUCAACAGAUGAGGGAAGGAGCCAAUAAUAAGAAGCCACUCAUUCCAUGA